GAAGAACAUUUUUUUUUCAAAUUAAUUCAGCUUAAUUUAAAAAUUAUACUUUAGUGUCAAAGGCUUUUGCAUAGCAGUUUAGACAUAUUUUAAUUUUUUACCUGAAAUCUUUAAGAAAAAUGUUUCGAUUGAUCUUAGCUUCCGCAUUGGUCGCCAUUGUUGCGGCACAAUCUUACCAUGGAGAUCCACGUACCGCUGCGAUCAUCAGUGAACAAAGAUACUUGAGCGGCGAUGGAAAAUUCGGUGCUGCCUAUACACAGGAAGAUGGCACGAAUUUCAAAGAGGAGACUGAUGCUGAUGGUACACGUCGCGGUUCAUACUCGUACGUUGAUCCAUCAGGACAAAAGAGAACCAUCUCCUACACUGCUGGCAAAAAUGGAUUCGUUGCUUCAGGUAACGAUAUCCCCGUUGCUCCUGCUCCUCCUCCACACGCUGCUCCCGUUCCAGCUUAUCAACCUGAUGCUCGUUACAAUCCAGCUCCCGUUGCUCCCGCUCCAGCUGCUCGUAGCUACUUGAGCGACGAUGACUUCAUCCAUAGCGGCCAAUACGACGAACGUUUCAACGAUCCCAACUUUGCUCCCAACAAGAAUUCCGCUCCUGCCUAUAACCAACAUUACACUGCUCCUGCUCCCGUUCAACAAGCUCCUGCUUACCAUGCUCCCGCUCCAAAACCCGUUCAACAAACUUACCAACCUCAGCAACCUUAUUUCCCUCCUCAACAGCAAUAUACCACGGAACAACCUCACAGAUUCCAACCUCCGGGCAAACUCUCGUUGAACCGUACUCCCGACGGUUUCAGCUACCAAUUCAACAAAGCCUAAGAAGUUGUUUUUGAUUUUUUUUAUACCUUUUUGAGGAAGUGUGUUAUUUUCUAUACGAAAUAAGUGUUAAUAAUUAAGAGUGUGAGACUUAAAAAAAAACUUUUAAAAAAUUGAUGUGUGCCAAUUCUGUACCUUUAUACAAAUAUUUACCCUUGACGACAAUUAAGCAGCAGCAAACCCCUUUUUUCAACAACAGAACAUACAUCAUCAGUAAUUAAUUAAUUUGUGAUACAUGAAAAAAUACUCAAAAGCAGCAAAAACUUCCUGGAUGAUUGAUUGAUUGAUUGGUCAACAAAAUUAGGCCUUUUAUAAAUAUUUGGUUAAAAAAAAAGAAACAAAAAAAAAUGAGUUAAUUAGUAAUAAAUGCAAUGAAA